GGCUUGUGGGAAUGUCACAUGACACACGGGCGGCAAGAACCAAACGACAUGAAAUGCUUCCGGCGCACUUUGAUGAGGUCAUAGUCUCGGAGACAUGGAUAUGGCAACAUGAAUAAAGGCUGGCUAGAGCUGGAAAGCGAUCCAGGACUUUUUACCCUGCUGGUUGAAGAUUUUGGUGUAAAAGGGGUGCAGGUUGAGGAGAUCUAUGACCUUCAGAGCAAGUGCCCAGGGCCAGUCUAUGGCUUUAUCUUUCUAUUCAAAUGGAUAGAGGAGCGUCGAUCGCGCAGGAAAGUCUCCACUUUGCUGGAUGAUACCUCCGUUAUGGAAGAUGAAGUUGUCAACAACAUGUUCUUUGCCCAUCAGCUGAUCCCUAAUUCAUGUGCUACCCACGCCCUUCUGAGUGUGUUGCUGAACUGUAGUGGGGUUCACCUGGGGCCCACACUGAGCCGGAUCAAGGAAUUCACCAAAGGAUUCAGCCCAGAGAGCAAAGGGUAUGCAAUUGGGAAUGCUCCGGAACUGGCAAAAGCUCACAACAGCCAUGCCAGACCAGAGCCCCGUCACCUGCCUGAGAAGCAGAAUGGGAUCAGUGCUGUCCGCACCAUGGAAGCUUUUCACUUUGUCAGUUAUGUUCCUAUUAAAGGACGGCUUUUUGAGCUUGAUGGCCUUAAAGUCUACCCUAUUGACCAUGGCCCCUGGGCAGAGGAUGAAGAAUGGACAGACAAGGCUCGCAGAGUGAUCAUGGAGAGGAUCGGACUGGCUACAGCAGGGGAGCCGUAUCAUGACAUUAGGUUUAACCUGAUGGCAGUGGUGCCAGAUCGAAGGCUAAAAUAUGAGAGCAAGCUUCACAUUUUAAAGAUGAACAGACAGACUGUGCUGGAAGCAUUGCAACAGUUGAUAAGAGUAACUCAGCCAGAACUAAUUCAGGCCCAGAAGCCUACGGAGGGCCAGAGCACAGAAGAAACAAAGAGUGCUGCUCUGAAGGCUCCAGUAUCCCAGGAGAGCCACCGGGCACACCAUGGAUCCCAUAGAAGUGCCACAGACGUCGGUGCAGAGCCACCCGGGGCGCUAAUCCGAGGCCCUGUUAUGUCUGCGUAUAGUAAACCCAACUCCCUAGCCCAGAAUGGUGGUACUGUAGCUGCACCGGCUUCAAGACUGCCAGCCUUCCUUGAUAACCAUAACUAUGCCAAGUCACCUAUGCAGGAGGAGGAAGACUUGGCUGCUGGGGUGGGCAGGUCGCGGGGUGUCCCUCCACCUGCUCCAGACACAGAUGAAGAGGAAGAAGAGGAAACUGAGAAUGUUAGAAGACCUCUCACACCUCCGGGGUUCAAGAGAAGAAGUUCAGAGCCUUUGCCUCCCCCGCCAGGGCCUGAACCUGGUGUUUUGGCAGAGAAACUAAAAGAGACACAGAGGGAUUUGUGCUCCCCCCUUUCUAUAAAGACAGGAGCCCCUACUGCUCCCCACUCUCAGCCUUCCCCUACUCCAAGCAAUGAAAGCACAGACACUGCCUCAGAAAUUGGUAGUGCUUUCAACUCACCACUUCGUUCUCCUUUAAGAUCUGCCAACCCAACCCGUCCUUCCAGUCCUGUUACCUUGCAUCUCUCCAAAGUUCUCUUUGGUGAGGAGGAACCACUUCUGCGCCUUGACUGUGUGCGCUAUAACAGAGCAGUGAGGGAACUGGGACCACAUAUCAGCACUGGGAUUCUGCAUUUGAGCAAGGAUGGGUACCUGUGCCCACUCAGCAGGCUGGAAACAGGUAAAGUAUCCCCCAAGGGCAACAAAGUAGAGGAGCCAAGAGAGAGUUCCGAGCCAGACACAGAGCGCAGCAGAGUCACAGAAGUUCCACAAGGGGAAAAAUUCUCUCCUAAGGAGCUGCUAGCAUUGCUGAAGUGUGUUGAAGCCGAAAUCUCUUCAUCCGAAGCCUGUCUGAGGGAAGAACUAGAGAAACGCAAAAAAUUUAAGAUUGAUGACCAAAGACGGACUCAUAACUAUGACGAAUUUAUCUGUGCAUUCAUCUCAAUGUUGGCUCAGGAAGGGAUGCUGGCAAGCUUGGUGGAGCAGAAUAUCUCUGUGCGGAGACGUCAGGGGGUCAGCAUUGGCCGACUGCACAAACAGAGGAAGCCUGACCGGCGCAAGCGAUCCCGCCCUUACAAGGCCAAGAGACAGUAGGGAACCCAGAGCUAUGGGUUAUGUGUCAUCACUGACAAGUAACUGUAGAAAGAGCCGAUAGCUGUGCUGUAGAUAAUUCCAUUCCCGGGUGCUACAAUAUCUGGCUUUUAAACUCGUUAAAUAAUAGUGAACUGCAUUUCACACCCAGUGUUUGGGUCUAUGUGUUUAGUGAUCUGACCUUUCUCUUAUGUAUACAAUGCUCUGUGUAUAUGAUGUACAUAGCCAGUUUUUUUAUACCCUCUUAUAAAUACUUUGUUAUCUAAGUUCUGUAUAAGAUUCAGUGGCUUGUGCAUUCACUUUCACAUUGCACAACACGUUUCUCUUUUAUUCAGUGUCUGGAAUAUUGUCUUUUAUGAAGAUGAUAUAACUUGUUUUCUUUAUUGGCUGUAGCCUUGAAGUGAAUCAUGUUCAGAAAUGCUGGGUUACAACCCACUUUCAGUUAUUGUAGCCAUGUCACUAAACGUUCAUAAGAGCUGCUGGUGUAACAGCAUUUUCAUCAUGAAAUAAACAAUGAAGUAAUAA